AUGGCCAUAUUUUAUUAUUUUCGGGAGCCCAGAACUCUGCACAAUUGUGUCAGUCUCGUUUGUGGAGUGCAGUUCAUCGUGUGUUGCAAUGGAUUUUUAAAUCAUGGCGGACAUUUUGUAAUCAAUAAGUGGACACGUUUUUAUUCCAUGUGCUGUGCCAGUCUCGCAGUGUUGGGAUUGUACGGUUGUCUCUAUGCCAUGGUGCGAAAUGAUGCCCUCAGGUCACGUGUCCUUCGCCUGGACAAGCUGGUGUUGAGCAUUAUGGGAUUGGAGUUGGUUAUAUCAUCGUUAGUCUUCAUCUUGACGGUGCUAUCACUGCAGGCCGGGGCAAAAAGACAUCUCAGAAUCUAUGAACGUCUGGCGGAGAUUGAUAGGCAAUUGAUCCGUGACUUUGGGGCCAAUCUUAACUAUCAUAAAUUGUAUCGCAAGAAUAUUCUCUUGCUGUCCGUGAUGGCUGUACUUUAUCUAGGGGCGGUCAACACGGCCCUGGUGCAUGGCGCCGAGGGACACCAUCUGGAGAUUGUUGUGCCCGCCGCAUUGUGUUAUAUACUGAUCACCAGUGGACCUCAUCAGACUGGAUAUGUGCACAUGACACUCACUGAAUUACUGAGCAUUCGCUUUCGCCUGCUGCAACAGAUUCUGCAGCCUGAGUUCCUUUACAGGCGCUUUGGCAAAGGGGAAUUAUGUGAAAGACGUUUGAGAAGCCUGGUGGAGAUGGUCAAGGAACUGCACUACAUUAUUCGGGAGAUCAAUGAGGUCUAUAAUCUGAGCUUAUGGUCAGCCAUGGCACAUGACUUUACGCUGAGCACAAGUGAACUAUAUAUUAUAUUUGGUCGUUCCGAUAACGAUAGCAACGAUGGCAUCAGUUUAAUGUUACUCGGAUUCCUUUGCAUCUGCAUGUUGGUUCCUUUCUACAAGAUGCUCAUUGCUCCCGUCUACUGCAGCAAGAGUGUGGACGAGGGAAGGAAGUGUCUCCGCCUGCUCGAGAAACUGGACAAUUGGUUUCCUGACAGUCCGACUGUCAGACACCUCGUCGCCUCCACGAUGCGUUGGCGCCUCCAAUUCAAGGUCGAAUUCACCAGCGGCACAAGCAUUGUCCUUAACAAAACUGUCAUUACUCUGUUCGCCUCGAUUGUGUUCAACUAUUUGCUCGUUCUCAUACAGUUUGCGAUGACCCAGAAGUUGGGUGAACAGGUUGAACAACAGAAAGUCGCGUUGCAAGAAUGGAUAGGCAUAUAA